GUACACUGGAAAUCCAAACCAAGGAGUGGGUUCUUGGGUAGAAGACCAAAUUGUUUUGACUAAACUGUGACAGAAGUUAAGGCUUCGGAAGAUUUUCCGACCUUGUCAUGACCUUGCCAUCUUCAGAAAUCAAACUUGGCGCCCCCUGGGAUUCCAUGGAUUUUCCCAUCAUUCCCGGAUUCCCGUCGUGCCCCGCGCGCCAACAUGGCUUCCAUGCCAGGAAAAAGUUGCCCUGCCGCUGGAAUCUCGUCCUGAAGCGGCGACGUUCCGGCGUGAUGCGACCUUUACAGCGCCACAACAACGCAGAUCAACACCAAAGACAAUGACAGACGCGGGGCAGGAAGUCAUGCAAGUGCCUUCAUCCAGCAUCAAGGAGGAGGGGGGGACGACGGCUCUCGGAUCAGUCCUGGGCAUGAUGCUGGGAGACAGGAGAAACAUCAAGCAGGAGGGGGGAGCGGCAGCACAUGGAACAGCCAUGGGAACAGUAGAUGGAGAGAGAAGAGCAGAGGAGGAGAGGAUGCUGAUUGAACAGGAGCAGGCAGAGGGAGGGGGCAUGGAUCAUGGAAUGGCAGAGGCUGGGGGGAAGUCAGAGGAUGGAACAGCCAUGAGCAGUCUGACCAAUCAUGUUCGAGGAAAGAAGCUGGUUUGUGAAGAGUGUGGAUUGGUGUGUGCAUCGCCGAAUGUGCUGACGGUGCACAUGAGGUCUCAUACAGGGGAGAGGCCGUACAAGUGCAAUGUGAGCAGGAAUGAGGGAGUGAGAGAAUGGUAUACUGGAGAAAGGGAGGACAGGAGCAGGAGGGAGGACAUGGUGUUUGAGCAGGACCAGAAGAGCCCAGGCUGUGAGCUUGUGCAGGGCCAUGUGAUGGAGCAGGCCAUCAGCAGUGCUAUCCACUACCUUGGUGCCGACUCCCUCCAGCACGCUGCUCCCAAACAGGACCCGGGUCUGGCCUCUCCCAUCAUCAGUGCUGUGUUCUCACAGGGCUUUGCGCGUCAGGCAGAGUCGGAUCUGGAGCGCCCCGGCACGAGUACGGAACACGCUGCUGCUCACAACCGGGCCUUCAAGGAGCUGGGCACGGCGUACGGGCGCUGUGCAACACCGCUCCACAUGGACAGGGGGCGCUGCACGACCCCGCUGCACAUCGACAGGGAACCAGAGAACGGGCACGAGUCGGACAGCCUGACCAGCCCGAGCCGAGACUCCGCCAUCGCCGACGAGAACGCCUCGGAGGGCAGCCUGCACUCGCCGGUCGGCGGGCAGGGGCGCGGGAAAAGGUCGGAGGUCGGCGGGGGCAUCGGGAGCCUGAAGGUGUUGGACGAGAGGAGCGAGGAGGUUCCGGUGUUCCGGUGCGAGAUCUGCCGCCUGCUGUUCCUCGAUCACGUCAUGUACACCAUCCACAUGGGUUGCCAUGGCUACCAGCAGCCCCUGCAGUGCAACAUCUGUGGUUACCUCAGUCAGGAUAGGUACGAGUUUUCCUCCCAUAUUGCACGGGGAGGACACCACUGACUGGGGUAAAACAUUUUCCUUUCUUUGAUAGAAUCUUUUCUGACAGAAUGACUUGACCCUGUGAGUCAAGGUCAACUUGAACAGGAAACCUUUCUAGCUUUUUCAAACUAUUUUCUCCGAGAAUAUCUUCAAGCCUUUGAGAAACUCACGCAAGAAAUAUUUUAAUCAUGACUUUCUAUAGUUUUGUCUACUGCAUGCUAAAAAUGAAUUUCAUACAUGCAGUUUUAAAAAUGGUGACUUAUCUACAACUUGGUAUAAACUUUUGGUGUAUCAAGGUCAUGUGGACACGGCAAAUCAAAGUCAAUCCAACCUGCAUGCUCGUUCCCAACCUAGGUCAUGUCAAAGGUCAUGACCUGCACAAGGUCAUGUCUCAGUUCAGAACAGGGGAUAAGUGUGUAGGGAAACAUGGAGAAACAUCAGCACCCAGAGGCUAGUAAUGGCUGUGGGCUGCCCCGUGAGCAGGCUGCCUGUCAGUCCACCGGAGGAAAGUUUUCCUUCCUGCACAAGGUUAUUUCAAGGUGAGACAGGCAGAUUUUAUGAGCAGAUUAUCGUGUACUUGUUACAGGUGGUCAGAAGUGUGAUUAUCAUGAUGUAUACAAUAAGAGGUGUCUCCUGUUUGUUGAGCUAAAGCCAAAAAAAAUGGAUGGUCGUAUGCAAAAGAUUAUAGAAUCUAGAUUUUGAUUCUGAAUUACUAAAAGAUAUCCCCAGAGUGCCUGUGUGAUAUUACUACUGAUGCUGUAAAACCCUUUAAGCUUUGCUUGGUGCAAGCUAUGUCAGAUACAGGUUAGACUUUAGUUCCAACCUGCAGACUGUUUUAACAUUUUAGUGUUUCUGAGUGAAGUGACUCCCACCUCUGUUUUACUGACUGUGUCAGUUUUUAUGUUGAAAGUGAUUUUGUAAUGCAGGUUUGUCCCACUAGUGCUGCUACAGUAGGAGUUGACUCUGCUUUGUUGCAUCUUCUCUGCCUUUUGUACCUCCGGGCCUGUCAGCUUUCUAAACUGUUCAUUAAAACACUCGCUUUGCUUCAACAAUUAAGUUCUUUGUACACCCUGGUGGUUUGUUCAACACAGACAUUUUGGUGACCGUUUGUCGCCUUUCGCAGGGCAGUUCUGACUGGUCACUGAAACGUCAUUGUGUACAGAACACCUGGAUGUGUUCUAAGAUCUUUUUUAUCCAGUGACUUACAAAGCUGAUGGAACUGUUUACAGACUUGCUGUGUUUUAAAGAAAAGUUGCAUUUGGCCUGGUGAUUCCUACGUCCACUUGUGACUAGAACAACUAUGGAAUAAUUUAGGAUUAGACAAGAAAGAAAAUUAAGCAGCUUCUUUUAUAAAAGGUGGCAAUAUGAAUAUAGCUGUUGAAUAUCCAACCUUGUGCUGUAAAGAAAACCGGUUUAAAAGCUGCCAGAGUCGAAGGAAUGAAAGGCGAGAUUUCUGAUUGACUGUGAAUAACUAUAGAGACUUCAUCUAUGGUGUGAGCAGAGGUUAUAUAUGGGCAUGAAAUGUCAUCUUUAAAUUAUGUAUGAACAUUAAUUUUUGAAAUGUAGAGAAAUUCUAUCGGUGAAUGAUGUGUUAUAUAUUUGAGGAGAAAAGAAUAGAAAAUAUAUAGGAUUCUGACUUAUGAACAUCUCUAUCUAUACAUGAUAUAUAACGUUACAUAUAUUGGUGAAUGAAGAGAGUGAUUUUUACUUAUAUUAUCUUGAUUUCAGGACAGCCUAGCUGCCAAUUUAAUGCAUAAUGAUUUUAUUAGCAUCCAAUUGUUUACACGCACAGUUGUAGCAACCUAUGGUGCCUUUUGCAGGUUUAUCUCUGGUGGUUUGAUUUUGAAUAAUCUAGAUGAUUAUCUAAUUUGCCAUUGGUUGAUGUGAAAUGACACUGACCAAUCAGAACCAUGGAAAAGAUUUCCCAUGUGGCAUAAUUUUGUACAUGACCUUGACAGAGGUCAUACAGUGCCUUACUGCUUGAGGGUAAUUUUCUACCAAAGUCACCUCAGUGCCAGUUUUGUUCUAUUUGACUAACCAUUGUCAUUAAGCAAGGUCAUUUUUCAAGAUCAUUAAGAUGGUUGCUUCCUGUCAACUUAAAGUACUUCCAGCCACAUCAUGUAACGUUACUGAUGAAAACUAAAUUGACAAGAGGAAAAGAAAAGAAAAUGUAAUUUCGUAGAGUGAAUAGGACAUAGGAAGAUGGAUUUUAGAUUGUUCUUUCUUACGGAACCGUUUUGUUUUAAACCUGUGUUACCAGAGUUAUGCCAGGUGCAGGGAUGAAGUGCCUGAUGGCAUGCUGCAUUUUGAUAUCCAUCUGGUGAGACGUUUGUUAAAAAGGAGGAAAAAUCUGCUGCUUGGAAAUGGUUUUAAAUCUGUGUCUCCACUUUUUAACAUGGCUGGUUUUCUGGUACCUCCACUAGAAUAAAGGUUAGGAGCAAAGUAAAGUCGUUAGAGAACAGUUGGAAGAACAAAGGGCAUCAGCAAAGUAAGAAGAAACAUUUGGUGUUGAAUAUGACAUGUAUGAUCUGUAGUGUUUGACCAGUCAUGUAUGCUGCUUUGUUUUCAAACAACGUAUUGGACUAUUCUGUAUAACUACAUGUACUUCUAAUGGUAAGGCAUGAGCUGUUACAGUCAAACUUGGUGAGAAAACCUCCUACAGACAACCUCCAGUCACAAGCCACAUUUUUACAUACUAGUUAACCUCAUCCUGUUCCCCACAACCAUUAUCCGCAGCCCCUUGAGUGGUUUCCCAGUCCAGGUUUGACUGUAACCAGAUUGAGUUAUGGAACAACUGGAUUUUAUAGGAAAUGCUUCUAUUAAGUUGCUUGUACGACCCAUAAGUCAUAAGUCAUAACAAAUUGAUACAGGAUAUUUCUGAAGGAUUAGAAGCUGGAGUCUUUGAUUCUGAAAUGUGAUUUUAAACGAUUUGUACUGGGUAUGCUGAGCUGAGCUAAUUGAAAGUUGUUUGUGACAAUAACAUCAGAGUUUUUCUAUCUACAUCUGAAAUGUGACAGGUCAUGUUUAUGAGUUCACUGAAAUGUGGUUCUGUGCAAGAUAUGGCGCCUAUGAUCCACAGUGGAGCCAUGCAAAAACAAAAUUUGGAAAGUUCUGUUUUAAAACACAUCAAUGCAUUUAAGUACCCAAAAAGCUUUACCAUGAACCAUUGGCCAUCCCUUACCCUGGGCAUUGGGACAUAUCAGUCAGCUGUUCACAUGUGAGAACAGUGAGGGUUUUAGUGGUUCGGUUACUCCUGGAUCCCAGUAUGUGGCCAGGUAUACCUUAAGUUUGUACUGUGUGCAGUUUCAACAUACCACUUUGCUGCUGGGACAAAUAAAGGAAUAGAACAUCUGUCAA